CCCGACUUGCAAUUACCAGAGAGCAUAGCUAAAUAUUGUGAAACCAAGUCCAAAAGGCUAAAACACACUAAAAAUAAAACCGCACAACUUCUCACUUCCUUUUGUGCGAGAAGUGACACAAAAAAGCGGUCAGGUACAGACAUUUUUCCGCCGGAGGAGAAGACUUUUUUUAUGACCCCAAUACCAAAAGCACCAUCAAAGUCUUCACAGCAGAGAGUGAAGGAUGUUCACGUUUUAUCUGCUCUUUUUUGUUCUCCACACAGCCUAUGGAGCUCUGCUGUACGCUGACCCCGGACAACAAGUGACUUUACCGUGCGUCUUCACCUCCGGUGCAAAAUACCUGUCUUGGUACAAGCAGGCAGCAGGGGAGAAACCUCAAAUAAUGUCUUCCUUCUACAAACACUCACGUGAUGCCAUUGGUUUCUUCAACCAGUUUAAAGACAAGAAUCGGUUUUCAGCUCAGACGGGAGAAGGAUUCUACCAUCUGAUCAUAUCCAAUGUGCAGGAAUCGGAUUCGGCUAUGUACUACUGUGGACAAACCAGCAUAACAACCAUUGAAUUUCAUGAGGGGAUAUUUUUGGUUUUAAAAGAUUCUAGUGCCUCGUCUUUCAUCCGACAGCCGGCGUCCGACCCUGCAAAGCAAGGAGACGCUGUGACUCUGAGCUGUACAGUCCACACUGGGACCUGUGAUGGAGAACACAGUGUUUACUGGUUUAAAAACUCUGAAGAAUCUAAUCCAGGACUCAUUUACGCCAAUGGAGGCCAGAAUGACAAGUGUGAGAGCAAACCUAUCUCACAAUCGCUCACUUGUGUCUACAAUUUGCCGAUGACCAGCCUGAAUCUUUCUCAUGCUGGGACCUAUUACUGCGCUGUGGUUGCAUGUGGACGCAUUCUGUUUGUGCAACGGCGCCAAGCUGCAAAUUAUAACGUGCUUCAUGAAAAAGAGAAACAGCUGCCGAUCAUCAGAGUCUCAAGCAACAAUUUCCGCUCCAUCCAUGACAAACGCAGAGGGUUACCAAAACAAACUCAACCUCUACUAUGCCACUUUAAGUGUCGACCUGACCGACAGAUCAAGACGCCAGAGGGAUCCAACCUGGAGUGAAGCUGUGUAUGAAAGUGUGAAGCAUUAGAAUUUGAUACAUAUUUAAGUUGAUACAUCUUCUAUGGUGAGCAAUUUUCUCACAGCCAUUUGUGAAUUUUUCAGAUAUGCUUUUUUAAUUUCUGUGGUCUGCCGCCAAAAUUCAAAAGGAUUCAGUUUUUCUGUGUACAGUCUGAAGCAGGAUAUCUCUACAAUGUUGCCUUGUUUCUAGCAU